UAUCUAAAUCUACCUGACAAAAUCCCAGCUCGUGUAUAUGUGGUUGCAUAAAGUGUCGAUCUUCUCAUCUUGUCUCUUCAACUGACUGAGUGAAGACUUGGGUAGCGCAAGGAUGACUUCUGCGGCCGUAGUGAUUUUCAUCAGCGCCGCAUUUGUUGGUGUCGUAUUAGGAGAUAUCGAGAACCAGGCAAUUCAUGGACAACGCGAAUUCGUAAAUCGAGUCAAAAGAAACACAAAUAAGGAGAAUACUGCCAUCAAUGGGUUCAGCGCCCAGGAAAAACAAAACAUACUGGACAAACAUAACGAAUAUAGAAGAAUUCCCAAUGCGGCGGAUAUGCUUCAAAUGUCCUGGGACAACGAACUGGAGGCCCUAGCACAGGGCUGGGCGGCCCAGUGUAAAUUCGCCCACAACCCAUCGAGAUCAAUUGCCUCGUCAACAAGCUCCAUCGGCGAAAACCUGCAUAUCAAAGCACCAACUUAUAACGAGGUUUCGACGGUGACAUCCUGGCAUAACGAGGAAUCUUCCUACACCUACAGUACCAACAGCUGCAGUGCUGUAUGCGGUCAUUACACCCAGGUUAUAUGGGCUACUAGCUACAAGAUCGGGUGUGGGAUCAAGUUCUGCAGCACCAUACAAGGGUCGACGAUCACUAACGGAUACGUGGUCAUCUGCAACUACCUGCCGGCUGGAAACUUCGUAGGUGCAAAGCCGUACAAGGAGGGAGCAUCUUGCACCCAGUGCCCGGCAGACAAACCGACGUGUGACAACAAACUGUGUCGUGCCGGCAGUCCCAGCAAUCCCUCCACUGGUACAGGUGCCGGGGCUACGGGUGACACGCCUACGACUGCUGCUACCACGACGACCACAAGUGGCGCCACCGUCUGGGCUGCAACCAGUCCUCUUUUGCUUCUGAUACUCGCCUGUGUCAACGUACUGCCAAUAGCCGGGCGCUAGUGUUAGUCAGCUAACAUGUAGGUCACAGUUAGGAUGACUAACCUCACAUACAGUGACUAACGAUUACAACCCACGCGCCGUGAAGGAUUACUAGACUCUUGUUAUACUAUAGAAGACUGGAUCUUUGAAGGGCAUGAAGAAAUGGAAUGCAUAAGAAAACUUGAUUUACGGAUGUCACUUUAUUUAUUGUCAAUAUCACGACGUUUCGGAGUGUAUGCUUGCUCCUUCAUCAGGUGAUGGAUAACACAAAGUUUCGAUGUAUAGCUAAUAUAAGUCUAUCAACAUUCCAUCUAUUAAUAUUUUGAAGAAGUGGGACAAGUAUUGUUAAGAACAUUUCUAGUAAAAACAGAAGUGUCCACUGUAGGCUUUGGACUAUAUCAUAAGCAUGUGUUUAUGAAUAACUAUCACACAACGAGGACAGAUAAGUGCAGGUCUAUGUUUCCUCUCAUGGAAUAGUUUCGGAAAUGAUUCAUUCACUUACAUUUUACAUUUUGAUAACAUUACUUCGUUUUUCAUUGACGAUAGAACAACACUGACCGUAUUAACACCUAUGUCAUUGUUAGAGUAGGUUGGUAUUGGAAAUAUAUAUCAUUAAAGCCAUAACAUGUCUUGCAUAAGAAGGUUGAAGCACAUAUUACAGUAAAACAAAAGAUUAAAUGUAUUUUGACUAAAACAAUUUGUAUGCCACCUGAAACAAAUUAUGAAAUAUUAUUCUAACAGACCGUUCCCCACGGAUCAGCUGGACUAAACAAUUCACAUGUGCAUGUAGAUGCUUGUAUUUGUUACUGAAGUUAUUCAUUGUAAAGCAUAUCAAUUUUAUUUUUAAGAAACGUCCUUAUAUUUUAAUGGGUCGGACAACAACGACAUUUACAUAUUAGUUCACACGCUAACAGGAGAUAUGGCGUAUAGCCCAUGUUUUGCCACACAGAUAUUUUGUGUUGUUGUUUGUUGUUACACUCAUUUGCCUUUCAUACGAUGGAUACUGCAAUAGUUCAUGUGAUAAUGUUCCUUUAAUCCCGCUAGGUAGAUUCUGUUACCACCUAAUAUGUAAAUAAAGGAACGUUGGAUCUAGAAAGGAUGGCACCUGCGCUCUGUGCACUGUGGUGCUGUUCUUACUUAUGGUCUCGUUCGGUAGGUGUUACUCGGUUGAGUAUUAAAAUAUUGUUUUUCAAUCUAAGAUAAAAAAAAUAAUCAUGUUUACAUAAUGCAGCUAUGAGGAUAUUUACAUCUCAGAAAAAAACAGAAAGCAAUCAUAUUGUUUUACGUUGCUUUCAUAAAAGAGUUGGAGUCGAACUAGGACAGCCACGCUAGACUAUAUGAAUGCUAGUCGCGCAGUAUAGUUUUCCAUUUUAUCCUCGUUAAUCUGUCACACAUUGUAUGUUGUAUCUAUAUCAAAGUUAAUUUGCAAUAAAGAAUUUCUGUUUUA